AUAUUGGGAGCCACCUCCUUGGUCAUCGUCUUCCCCUGACAUUCAGGACGUAGCGUUCUCUCUCACUCUAAACCGUUUCUCUCUCCUUCGGCGACCUUCUCAGGUCACCGUCUUGAGUCACAAACAUGGCGGAUGGAUCACAACAUCUGUCAGUAUUUCAGAAGAUACACGGGCAAUCUUACCUUGUUUCUAGGCUUUCCCCCAAUAUGCACCCCAUGAAUUAUAGUGCAAGUAGUGCUUAUGUCAAUGGUGGUUUGCUGAGUUCCCUGCAGCCAGCAUCCCAGGCUACCGGCUUGGCACAAUUUUCACCUCUGUCUCCUGUGUUUGUACAAGCUCCAUCCGAGAAAGGUGUUAAGGGUUUUCUUGUGGAUUUUCUCAUGGGAGGAGUUUCUGCUGCUGUUUCCAAGACAGCAGCCGCUCCAAUUGAACGUGUUAAGCUCCUAAUUCAAAAUCAGGAUGAGAUGAUCAAGGCUGGUCGAUUGAGUGAACCAUACAAGGGAAUUGGUGACUGCUUUGGGCGAACUGUUAGGGAAGAAGGUGUCCUUGCUCUUUGGAGAGGAAACACUGCUAAUGUUAUUAGAUACUUCCCCACCCAGGCCUUGAAUUUUGCUUUCAAGGACUACUUCAAGAGCCUUUUCAACUUCAAGAAAGACAAAGAUGGGUACUGGAAGUGGUUUGCUGGUAACUUGGCAUCAGGUGGUGCUGCUGGUGCUUCAUCUCUUCUAUUUGUCUAUUCCCUAGACUUUGCCCGAACACGUUUGGCUAACGAUGCAAAGGCUGCAAAAAAGGGUGGUGAGAGGCAGUUUAAUGGUUUGGUCGAUGUUUACAAGAAAACCAUCAAAUCUGAUGGUGUUGCUGGGCUUUAUCGUGGAUUCAACAUCUCAUGUGUUGGAAUCAUAGUUUACCGUGGUCUCUAUUUUGGAAUGUAUGAUUCUCUGAAGCCUGUGGUUCUUGUUGGUGGGUUGCAGGAUAGUUUUCUUGCUAGUUUCUUGCUGGGAUGGGGAAUCACAAUAGGUGCCGGACUGGCUUCUUAUCCCAUUGAUACAGUACGUAGAAGGAUGAUGAUGACCUCUGGAGAAGCUGUUAAAUAUAAGAGCUCUUUGGAUGCCUUUAAUCAAAUUCUCCAGAAAGAGGGUGCUAAAUCACUCUUCAAGGGUGCUGGUGCAAACAUUUUGCGUGCCGUUGCAGGUGCUGGUGUGCUUGCAGGUUACGACAAGUUGCAGCUCAUAGUGCUCGGCAAGAAAUAUGGAUCUGGUGGUGGUUAAUAUGGCACAAGUUAUGGUGAUGAAGAUGAUGAUGAUGAGUGUGCCUUCUUCAAGAGUUGAAUAAUUUUGGUGAACAAUAGUGCCAGUAUUUAGGGAUUUGAUAUUAGAAAUUAUAGUUCUGAAAAACAUUACUUGAAUUUUGAAUGUUUGUUAUCUGUGCUUGAGCACCUCCAAUGUGUAGUUUCUGUUUCUUUUGAUGGAGAAUAAUUAGUAUCCGUUCGGAUACAGCUGCCAGAUUUGGCGUUUUGGCUUUUUU